AUGUUUGUAUUAAGAACUUUAAAAACGUUUUCAUUAAUAGUUAGUAAGCCAAUAUGUCUUCAAACGACGAGUAGAACACUUAGUAGUUUACCGAAUAUAGUAAAUAAAAGUUUACUCCAAACACACAAGUUCGUCCAGCUUCAAACAACCAGAAAUUAUGCGAAGGGAAAAGACAAGAAAAAAGAAAAAGUUAAAGGAAAAGUGGUUAUCAACGAAAACCAACUUACAGAACUUCUGAACGUAGAAUCAAUGAAAAAACAAAUGGAAAAGCCUUUAGUUCAAUUGAAGGAAGAUUUUAUUAAUCACUUAUCGCUCCGAUCAACCACAGGUUCAAUUGAAAUGAUCACUGUAUCACUCGAAGGAAAAGAACACACCCUUCAAGAAAUUGCUCAAAUCGUUCGUAAAAACCCCAAAACCAUUGUUAUAAAUAUGUCGAUGUUCCCACAAGCUAUUCCAGCGGCUCUAAAGGCUUUAGACAAAUCUGGAAUGAAUUUAAAUCCACAACAGGAUGGUACUACUUUGUAUAUUCCCAUUCCGAAGGUCACAAAGGAACACAGGGAGGGCUUGGCGAAGAGUGCCAAGCAGUUUUUCGUGAAAUGUAAAGAUGGUAUAAGGGAUGUUCAGACGAAAUACAUCAAGCAAAUCAAAAGAAAUGAUACUGUAUCACAAGAUCUUUGUAGGAGUGCUGAAAGCCAGAUAAUUGCUAUUGCUGAUGGAUAUAUAAGUCAGGGUGAGAAAAUAUUUGAAAGUAAACAGCAAGAACUUAUUGGAAAGGAAUAA